CACGUGUUUCCUGUGAAACGUGGAGGUGCAGUCUGCAGCCACAUCCCCGUUAGAGGAGUGCAGACAGUUCCGUACACAGAGCGGCUCUGGGUGUCUCCAUCAUGCAGGAGCCGGCGGAGGCCUCGUCUUCCCGGGAGGAGGAGGAAGAAGAGGAGAAUGAUGUCGGUCAGUACUCGGAGGCCCCGCUCAUCUAUUACACCAUGAUGCCCGCUGAUGAUGAUUGCGCCGACCUGCUGGACACUUCGGACCCCAGAGACAGCACGGCCAGCCCCGAGGAGCUGGAGGACGAUGACAACUCCGGCGACAAUGACAGCGUGGUGAACAAGACGUGUACCUACCCGUCCUGCCAGGAGACCACCAGUCAGGUGGCCAAGCAGAGGAAACCCUGGAUGUGCAAGAAACACCGCAACAAGAUGUACAAAGACAAGUACAAGAACAAGAAGAAGAGCGACCAUGGGGUCACCACCACCCCCAACAAGCUGGAGGAUACUGCAGAGUGCUCGAUUACUCUUGCAAAACAAAGAACUGGAUCUGUUGGGGAUCGUCCUCCUCGCCCUACAUUGCUGGAACAAGUGUUAAACCAGAAACGACUUUCCCUUUUGAGAAGUCCAGAUGUUGUCAACUUUCUUCAGACCCAACAGCAGCUUCUCAGUCGCCAGGCUUUGGAACAGAGACAAUCCUUUCAAGGGGCAUCACUUUGACCAAAUCUCUGCAUGUCUUGGAUUAGAAGGAUUUUAUUUUGA